GUUGAUGUAUGUUGUUAAAAAGCCAUAUUGGAUUGAAAGAGAAAAAAAAAGGGAACCUAGAGUUUGACCAACACUUUGAGAAUAAAGUAGACGAGAGAGAAGAAAAAAAAGUUAAUAAAUAUCUCGUUGAAGAAAGAAAAAAGAAACGAAGGAAAUCAGUUCUGUAGCAGAGUUCUGAAUACACAUAUUUUCAGGCUUAAAUUUCACAUCCCAUUGAGAUAAUAUUGAUUUGACACCAUAUGUUUGACUCUUUUUUUUAUACUUCCCGCUAUUUUCGGUGCAGAAGUUAUUACAUUUUUGUGUCAGCUAGGAAAUCAAGAGCAAGCACUCGGUACAACGAGAUUGAUGUUGCCGUCAAUGAGAAAAUAAUAUCGAGAAAUGUUAAUAAUAAUUGAAUAAGAAAACAUAAUAAAAUUCUGUGUUCAGAGUGAAUAUUAUCGAAUUAGGCAGUGGAUAAAAAUAAAAAGAACUAAGAAAGAGGAAUACGAAAAAAAAAUACAUAUAAAAGUAAUAAAAUCAAGGAAAUAAGAAAUGAUGAAGCAGAUGAUGAAUAAGUUCAAAAUGUCUUAUUUACCGAGUGUCAGUGUGUUAUUCUCUUUAUUCCUUUUGGAUACAAUCGUUCUUGCCGAUUACGAGAAUACAUGGAAUAGUUAUUUCGAGCAGCCUUGUUGCAAUACAAACGGACCACAUCACUUUAGACAUCACAAAGAUCAUGUAAGAGAGUUCACAUGUGGAAAGUUAUACUACCGCACAUUCCACUUGGAUGAAGAACGAGAUUCGCUUUACGUUGGUGCUAUGGAUAGAGUGUAUAAAUUAAAUCUUAAAAACAUUACGUUGACUGGAUGUGAGAAAGAUCACAUACUGCUAGAUCCAACAGGAAGCGAUAUUAGUAAUUGUUUAUCUAAAGGAAAGAGUCAGCUUUUCGACUGUAGGAAUCACAUAAGGGUAGUACAAUCAAUGGACAAUGGCAACCGUCUGUAUAUUUGCGGCACAAACGCUCACAAUCCCAAGGAUUAUGUAAUUUAUGCAAAUCUCACGCACUUACCAAGAUCUGAAUUUGUUCCUGGCAUUGGCUUGGGAGUUGGAAAAUGUCCAUAUGAUCCAAUAGAUAACUCGACAGCAAUUUAUGUUGAGCAAGGAAAUCCUGGAGGAUUUCCUGCUUUGUAUUCAGGUACAAAUGCUGAAUUCACAAAAGCUGAUACCGUGAUAUUCCGCUCAGAUAUUUACAAUUUAACAUCGGGACGUAAGGAGCACAACUUUAAGAGAACUUUAAAAUAUGACUCGAAAUGGCUUGACAAACCGAAUUUUGUGGGAGCUUUUGAUAUCGACAAAUAUGUCUACUUUUUCUUCCGUGAAACAUCUGUCGAAUACAUCAACUGUGGUAAAGCGGUUUAUUCACGUGUUGCGCGUGUCUGUAAGAAGGACACCGGCGGCAAAAAUAUUCUCAGUCAAAAUUGGGUCACGUAUUUGAAAGCUCGCUUGAAUUGCAGCAUUUCUGGCGAGUUUCCAUUCUACUUCAAUGAGAUUCAAUCAGUUUACCAAAUUCCAACUGACAAAACCAAAUUCUAUGCAACAUUCACUACAAGCACAAAUGGACUCGUGGGAUCGGCUGUUUGCAGCUUUGACAUUGGAGAGAUUCAUUCUGCAUUUGAUGGAAAGUUUAAAGAACAAGCAACGUCUAAUUCUGCUUGGCUUCCAGUGUUGAACUCAAAAGUCCCUGAGCCUCGCCCAGGAACAUGUGUUAAUGACACAGCAAGCCUUCCCGACUCAGUUCUCAACUUCAUUCGUUCACAUCCAUUGAUGGACAAGGCUGUUAAUCACGAACAUAACAACCCAGUCUUCUAUAAACGCGAUCUGGUCUUCACAAAGCUGGUCGUUGACAAAAUUUACAUAAAAAUAUUGAAUCAGGAAUAUAAAGUUUUCUACAUCGGCACUAACACCGGACGCAUCUACAAAAUUGUGCAAUUUAUUCAAAAUGGUGAAUCGAAAUCUACAUUACUCGAUAUUUUCGAAGUCGCACAAAACGAAGCAAUUCAGGUGAUGCAAAUCAGCCAAAAGCGUAAAUCACUUUACGUAUCCACCGAUCAUCGUAUCAAACAAAUUGAUUUAGCGAUGUGUAGUCGUCGUUAUGAUAGUUGCUUCAGAUGUGUCAAAGAUCCAUAUUGUGGUUGGGAUGAGAGCACCAGCUCAUGUAAACCAUACGAAUUGGGAUUGUUACAGGAUGUUGGAAACGAUACGAAUGAUAUAUGUGAUACAAGUGUUCAGAAAAAGAAAAUUGUCGUCACUUACGGACAAAGUGUACACUUGGGAUGCUUUGUUAAAAUUCCAGAAGUUCUGAAAGAUCAACAAGUAUCAUGGUAUCAUUACUCGAAGGAUAAAGGACGCUAUGAAGUGAAAUAUAGUCCGAUGAAAUAUAUCGAUACAACUGAACGUGGUCUCGUGGUGGUUUCUGUCAAUGAAGGCGAUGCUGGACGUUAUGAUUGCCAUUUGGGUGGCUCGUUAUUGUGCAGUUACAGCAUCACAGUUGAUGCUCAUAGAUGUACGCCACCGAACAAAGGCAAUGACUAUCAGAAAAUUUACUCCGACUGGUGUCACGAGUUUGAGAAAUACAAAUCGGCUAUGAAGACGUGGGAGAAAAAGCAGGCAGCUAAAUCAACAUCUCGAGCUUUCAACAAUCUCUUCUCAGACGAAAAAAAGAACUGAAUCAACCAAUAUUUUUAAAAAUUAGAAGUUUAGCUAUUCGAAAUGGGGGAUAAAACAGAAUAAAAAGAAGAGGAAAAUAAAUUCGCGAUAUUUUAUUCGAAGAUGAAAGUUUAUUUUUGUAAAAUUGAAGUAAAUAGUGAACAUUGAUUUAUCAUCUUAUGGUUUCCUGAAUAUGAAUUUCUUUUUGAACUUUCAUCCAAAUCUUUUUGUAAAAAAGGAAAACUCGCCAACCAUGUGAAAGACUAUCCAUCAUAUUUAUAAUAUAAAUCAAUCAAUCUGGUUUAAGACUAUAAUAAAUAAAUAAAUAAAUAAAAUAAAUAAUAAUGCUUGAAUGCUUUGCAAAGUGAUAGCGAAAGAAAGAUUUAUUCUAAGUAGAAAGAAAAUGUGAAAGAAUGAAUGAAAAGAUUUUUCUUUUCCUUUGGGAAAUUGAUUCUUACCAACUCAAAAUCUCAUAAACUACAGAUAAACACACAGACAAAAAAAGAUAUAAAAGUGAACAGUUAUUGGUUGUAGAUACUUAUUCUACUUUGUCAUUCGAAGCUGGUGUUAUGCGUGUAUAAUAGAAAGCUUAGAUUAGAGCAACUCAAUGUUUUCCCAAUUGCAAUAAAUAAAAAAGAAAGAAAGAA